AAGACUUACAUUACAACUCACAACAAAAAAAACAAUGGAUUUUUUUUCUUCAAAAGGUUCUCGAAAAAGCAACCAAUAAAAACAACCCAAAGGCGAAGGACACAAAGAACCGUCCUUUAUAUCCUCCUUUCCCAUUCCUUCCUCCUCAAUCCCCUCUCCCCUUAAGAUCCACCAAGAACACCAAAACCCCAUUUCUGAAACCUGAAAAAGGUCCGAACUUUGGUGCCAAAAUGAGAGAAAUUCUUCACAUUCAAGGAGGUCAAUGUGGGAACCAAAUUGGGGCCAAGUUUUGGGAGGUGAUCUGUGAUGAACAUGGGAUUGAUCAAACAGGGAAAUACAGUGGAGACUCGGAUCUUCAAUUGGAGAGAAUCAAUGUGUAUUACAAUGAAGCAAGUGGUGGAAGAUAUGUUCCACGUGCUGUUCUUAUGGAUCUUGAACCUGGUACUAUGGAUUCACUCAGAUCUGGUCCUUAUGGACAAAUUUUUAGGCCUGAUAACUUUGUUUUUGGCCAAUCUGGUGCUGGUAAUAACUGGGCUAAAGGGCAUUAUACUGAAGGAGCUGAAUUGAUUGACUCUGUUCUUGAUGUUGUCAGGAAAGAAGCUGAGAAUUGUGAUUGCUUGCAAGGAUUUCAAGUUUGCCAUUCUUUGGGUGGAGGCACUGGUUCUGGCAUGGGAACUCUUCUUAUCUCUAAAAUCCGGGAGGAGUAUCCUGACCGCAUGAUGUUGACAUUUUCUGUUUUCCCUUCUCCUAAGGUAUCUGACACUGUUGUUGAGCCAUACAACGCCACCCUUUCCGUCCACCAGCUCGUGGAAAAUGCCGAUGAAUGUAUGGUUUUGGACAAUGAAGCUUUGUAUGACAUCUGCUUCCGCACUCUCAAGCUCGCUACCCCCACUUUUGGUGAUCUUAACCACCUCAUUUCUGCUACCAUGAGUGGUGUCACAUGCUGCCUUCGCUUCCCUGGACAGCUGAACUCUGACCUCCGAAAGCUUGCAGUUAACCUUAUCCCAUUCCCUCGCCUUCAUUUCUUCAUGGUCGGAUUUGCACCCCUGACAUCAAGAGGAUCACAGCAAUACCGUUCUCUGACUGUGCCUGAACUAACCCAGCAAAUGUGGGAUGCCAAGAACAUGAUGUGUGCCGCCGACCCACGUCAUGGCCGCUACCUAACUGCUUCAGCCAUGUUCCGUGGUAAGAUGAGCACGAAAGAGGUCGAUGAACAAAUGAUAAAUGUCCAGAACAAGAACUCUUCAUACUUCGUUGAAUGGAUCCCCAACAACGUUAAGUCCAGUGUCUGUGACAUCCCACCUAGAGGUCUUAAGAUGGCAUCCACUUUCAUUGGCAAUUCAACUUCAAUCCAGGAGAUGUUCAGGCGUGUCAGUGAGCAAUUCACAGCUAUGUUCAGGCGGAAAGCUUUCUUGCACUGGUACACUGGUGAGGGUAUGGAUGAGAUGGAAUUUACCGAGGCUGAGAGUAACAUGAAUGAUCUGGUAGCUGAGUACCAGCAAUACCAGGAUGCAACUGCUGAUGACGAGGAGUACGAGGAGGAGGAAGAAGAGGAAAUUGGUGCUUAAAAUUCUUGUCGGCAUGUCUGAAGUUUGUAUUUUAUUUGCUCUAUUUAAGUGAGUGAUUAUGUUUCUGUUGUUGGGGGGUCAAAUUAGAGUGACCUGUUGAUGUGAAUGAGUUGUGGGUCCUUGUAUUGUAUUGGAGAAUGGUUUUUGGUGACUGCUUUGGUUUUUAAUCUUGAUUGAUGAAUGAUUGUAUGUA